AUGCGCCGCUGCCUGCUGCUCGCGUGCCUGGUGCUCUUUGCGGGCCUUGUGGCCUCAGAGCACCCUGAUGUGCCUCUGAAGAGCCGCAAGCUGCUGGCCACCGCGGUCGCCAACGCCAAGGCCAGCUCUGUUGGGGGCGGCACCGCUCACGCCAACUCCAAUGCGGCUGCCACCGGCCACGGCACCGCCAUCGCCAACAGCGACGCCACAGCGGUGGGCCACGGCUCCCUGGCCACAGCCAACUCCAACGCUCAGGCACAGGGCCACAGCACCGCCAUCGCCGACAGCCAGGCCCACGCCGCCAGCCUGGGUGGCGGAGCCGCCAUCGCCCAGGCCAGCGCCAGCGCGUUUGCCAGCGGAAACACCGUCGCCAUUGCCAACGCCGCCGCCAACGCCUUUGCCACCGGCCACGGUGUGGCUGUGGCCCAGGCCGCCGCCUACGCCUAUGCCAGCGGCAACACCGGCGCCGCCUUCGCCCUGGCACAGGCCACCGCCUCGGCCAUCAACGGCGGCGUGGCUGUCGCCGACGCCCUGGCCACCGCCCUGGCCAUUGGCGGCGGCUUCUCCACCGCCUAUGCCAGCGCCCUGGCCCAGGCCUUUGGCAGCAACACGGCCCCCCUGUGCUCGGCGCUGGCGCAGGCGCAGGCCACCGCAAUCGCGGCGCAGGGCGGCUUUGCUUCCGCCGCGGCCGACGCCUUUGCCGCCUGCACCUGA